UUCUGCUUUUCAGCGCAUAGUUUCAGAGAUAAAACAACUUCUAGACAGCAGUUAAUUACAGCAGAGAUAAAACUUCCCAUGAACUUGUCAGCUGUGACUGUGCAGCCAGUUCCCUUCAGGCCACUGGAGAGGGAGAAGCACAUCGAGUCGCUUUUCAGAGCCUUCACUCGAGGGAGGAGGCAUGCCCCAGAGCCUCAAGACACCCCUGUCUCUCGCUCUCUGGGGGACGGACUCUCUCCCCGGCUCACAGAGGACCACGAACAUGAAAACAGCCAAGGGGGUACAGAGAAACGGGCUGCUCUGGAGCUGCACACCCUGAAGGAGGCCGAGCUACGUGCUGGCCUCUCCAGCAUACAGGAGCCAGUGAUGGCAGUGGCUGGAGAAGACCAAGGCCUGGCACUGUUGGAGACUGUGAGCCAGCUGCGUAUCAUGGCUAGGCCAGAGCUGCAAGGUCCACACUGUAAGCCUGGAAGAUCCUACAGUAUCACUACAGGAACCAGGAGUCAAAUCUAUGUAGCUGUUGAAGAGAGCUCUUGUCUUUGUCUGCAGUGUUGCGGUCCUGCGCGCUCCUGCUCUAUCAGGGGGUACAGCCGCCAGGCUCAGGAGGUUUUCCUGCUCGAGAGGCCGCUGAGGGCGGACGCGUGCUGCCUGGGCUGCUGCCUGAUGGAGAUGAGGGCCUUCGGGGCUGACCGGCAGCUGAUCGGCACCGUGCGACAGAGAUGUAUGAAAAUACUUUGCAGAUGGAGUAUGUUCACCCCUCUCCUGGAAAUCUGCGACUUAGAUGGAACAUCAAAUAUCCGAAUCCUGGGCCCAUGUUGUCCGUGCCGCUGCUAUUCCAAUCAGGAGUUUCAGGUGGUGUCAAAAACUGGGGAGAAGCUGGGAAAGAUAUGGAAAAAGUGGCCUGGUUAUAAUGAAGACUACAACAUUGACCAUGAAUACUUUGGGGUAGAUGUGCCUCCAGAAAUGAAUCCAAAAUCUAAACUGCUUUUGCUGGCUGCCACUUUCCUGUUGAACCACAUGUUUUUUGAGAUGAGCUAAGAUGCCUCUAGUGUCUGGAAGACCACAAGGUAAAGCUGUAACAGUAUGAAUCACCAAGAAUCCAGCAUGUGGGACAUCUCGAUAAAUUGGGAAAGAUCGUGUUACCUGUGAAACACUCUUUAAAUGUUGUACAACUACCUACCUAAUGGGCAAGUGGUGUCAAAGACCGGACUGACAUGAAAUCACUUCAUCUGUUUUUAGAACAAAAUAAAAGUGGAAAUUCCAACAAACAGUACUGUAGUACAAUCUACUGUAUCUUUGACAUAAAACUUACUACCAAAUGAACACCUAAUUUGGAGAAAAAUACUUAGUAGUAGAAUAGCAGAAAUUCUGUUAGAAGAUAAUUAAAUAUUUUUGUGUAGGCUGGCUAAAUGGGGUAUGAAGGCUUAUGUAAUUUGUUUAAUGAGGCCACAGUAGCAAGUUCAGGCCCAAUGUACUUCCUUGCCUAGAGAUCAACUGUUUGAAAGCUCUGAGGGAGAACAGGAGAAGUAGAGAUAUUCAACAUCCAAGGAAACAGACACUGAGAUUCUGAAAUAAAAAAAAAAAAACAAAUGCAGGAUUUGAACAAAAAGCCCUUUACAAAAGCCCUUUGCAAUUCACAGUUCAGUGUUAUUUCUAUGCAGAAAAGUAUUUUAAACUAGACAUGUAUGUUCCCAUGGCCUGUUAAUCAUUUUAUGGUAAUUUAUUAGGAUUAUAUACAAGUAGAAUAUUGAUUCAGGGAUCACCAUUACUGUAUUGUAUUAACCCAUGUGUAUUGUUCCACUUGGAAAACCUACAUAUAUUUCUUGUAAUGUUAUUUAAUAAACCAAAUUUUCAAUUUUUCCUUAAA